GCGCCGAGUAUUUGAACUCCGCAGUAAGGGGAGCGUUUGAUUGUUGCAGGGCUAAAUGGCGGACGGAGCGGGACUGUUGCAUUGUGAACAAUAACAUUUUAACGCCGCUAUCACGUAUUUCUUGAAGCGACUGGGUUGGGAGUCCCCACGAGCGCCUCGCUCGUUUCUUUUCUUAAUAUUAUUAUUAUUUAUCACGGCCUUUGUAAGUACAUCGGAGUUGUCCAGUGAGGAAGUUGUUCUUGCUGGCCAGGCAAUAUGGGGGACUCUCUGGGCUUGGUGGGAAAGCGCUUGCUGCUGCUCCUCGGCGACGCGGGCUCCGCCGCGGGACCCGAAGCGGAUCGGGCCGUCUGGACGCGCGAGUGGCUCCGUGGGACUGUCCGAGCGGUUAGCGUGGUCGGGUUGGCCAGCCCGGGGGUGGAGGUGAGCGGCGCAGAGGGGACGGCGGCGGCGAGGCUAACGGUGUUUGUGGAGUUUGAGGACUGCCCUUGGCGACGCCGCUCCUGGGUGCAGCUGUACGGGGAUGAGGUGCGAGCCAUCUUGGUGGAGCGCUCCAUCGUGUGGGCUGCCCGCAGCGACCCUAACCUCCCGGGAAGUGGAGUGAACCCAGUUUCUGCUUGGCCUGCACUGGCUUUCCAGCCUCUGGUGGACAGAGUGGGUUUGGGGUCCCUUGUUCCUGUGGAGUUUUUUGGAAGCAGGUCCCUUGCGUUUCUCCCGGACGGCACCGCGCUGCAGGUGUUUGAGGUGGAGAAGGACCUGAGGCAGAACAUCCUGCAGGAUCAGCCCUCUGUCCGGGUGGCCAUCGACUCCUGGCGCACUGACUUUGAGCUACAGGAAAUUCUGAGGAAGGGCUCGUACACCAUCCAGGGUCGCCAGGUUCGAGUGUACCAGCCGGAGUUUGAGGAGUCCUGGGCUCAGGGUCUGGUUUCCCAUCACGACCCCCUGUCCCACAUCAUGGAGAUUAUCAUGGAUCAGAGCGGGGAGACGCAGGUGGUGGACCCGAGAGUGAUUCACGUUAUGCUGGCUGAAGAUGACAUGGGUCAAGCAGGGAAUGCUGGCAGGCGGCGGAAGGAGAGCGAUGGGGGCAAGUGUGAGGCAGGGCGCCGGAGGAGGAACGUGUCUGAGAGCGACGGGGAUGCGAAUCUGAAGCGCUUCAAGGGCGAGGGUGGCGGCGACAGCCAGAAUGGCAGCGGUUCCGGCGUGGCUGUGGAUGAAGUAGUCGCCGUGGCCAAUAGCAGCACUGCUACGACGGGGGUGGCUUGUGGACAUGGUCAGACCUCCCCAAACCUUGCCCCCGUACCCACCCAGGGCCAGCCUGGCUUCCCUUUCUCCGCCUAUGCCAAGGAAAAUGGACGGACGCCGGUUUCGCAGGACCGUGUGGGCUCCGGCUACCUGCCAGCCCCUUGCGCCCCCACCCCACCCCCUCUUAGACCGGCCCCUUCCCCUUUCUCCAACACGUCCUUUCCUUCCCUGGGUCAGAUGCCCAGCCUUGUCCCAGCUGCCUCCACUAAGACUGCCCCGGCCCUGGUGCCCGAAAGGGAGAAAGAGGGGCUUCUGACUGGGUUCCCCAGUACCACAGCUGCUCCGUCUCCAGUCAGCACCGCAGCCCGCGUCUUGCCCGAAGGAAGCGCACCUAGUAUUACUAGUACUGCCACCACCCUAGGCUUUAGCCAAAAGCCUCCAACGUGGGUGGGGACACAGACUGCAGAGAGCUCCAAGACGCCCCUUCUGACUGCAGCAGGUUUCCUUCUGCCCCAGUCCAACCCUCUGGGCACGUCGGUGUUUGGGGAGACUCGCCCUCAAACUGCUGCUCAGACCAACGGGGCGACGGCCCUGGACAGCCGGCCUUUUGGCUUUGGGUUCGCAGCCAAAGAGGAGUCUUUGCCGGAGACGGAUUCGUCACAGAACCUGUUCUUCCAGUGCAUGGCGCAAAAGCAAAGCCCGAGCCACGCUUCCGGCACCAACUACUUCACGGCCGUAUCAGAUAACCUUGGCAAGGAGCCACCCACCUUCUUUAAGCCCUCCACCUGCUCCGAGAGCCCACAGAAGACUGUGCUGACCCCCAAUACAGUGGGCCUCUUCGGCUCAACGCCGACUGGUACCCUGCCUCCUCUCAAAGAUCAGCCCAAAGCACCAGAGGGCCAGCUAGCCGGCAACGGCGUGGUGCUGAACAAGCCGUUCAGGGCCGAGGACACACCCAAGCUGGCUCCUGCCUUCUCAGCAAGCGGUGUUCCUGGACUGGGCUCUGGGCCUUUGAGGAGCCCCAGUCUCGCCAUUGGACCUCUGGGUACCGGGACUAUUGGCGGCAGUCCUACUGGUGUGACAGGGGCCCUGGGCUUGCUGGCGAGCAGCCAGCCGCAGGAGACGCACAAGAACCUUUUCCUGCAACCGCCCAAGCGUGAGGAACCCAGCAACCCCUUCCUGGCUCCCCCUGAAAAGCUGCCUCAGAGCCCUUUUAGUGGGCUUCCCACCGCCCCGCCUCACACCCCGUCCCCUGCCCUCAGCGGGGUGGUCAAGAGCCCUGUGGAGUCUCUCAGCAUUCCUGCGGAGGCCAAACCUAACCUGUUCACCAUGUCCGAGCCUCCGAAAGGCCUACUGUCCUCCCCGUUUUCAGGUUCCACUUCGACCCCUGUCUCAUCCGUCCCUGCCUCUACGCUGCCCCAGAAGCCUCCGUUGGAGGUCCAGGAGGUCCUUCCCGCACCCAGGCCUAGUGCUGAGGGAACUGGGACCUCUGCAGGUCAAGAAGGCUCUGCGGUAGUGGGAGAGGCUGAGGCGCAGGUCCCUCCAGCCUCGGGCUUCUCCUCACUGUUCAGCGCUGUUGCUGGGGGCCCUGGGGACCGGGCCCUGGCAUUUGAGCCUUCGCCCCAGAAGUUUCCCUUGGAAGACCGUGGCCACUCGUCCAAGCGUGACUCUGACUCCAGCACCAACAGUGACCUCUCAGAUCUGAGCGAGGCAGAGGGUCUCGACGACGACCAGAACCCUGGUCCACACGGUACCUCUACCGAACGGACUAUGGACAAGAGCAAGGGCAAGACGGCGAGUAAGAGCCGACCGCGUAACAAGCCUUUCAAAGCAGUGGGUCAGUCCGUGCUGAAGGAUGUCGCCAAGGUGCGUCGGCUGAAGCAGUCCGGCGAGGCCUUUCUGCAGGACGGCUCCUGUAUCAACGUUGCUCCGCACCUCCACAAGUGCCGCGAGUGCCGUCUGGAGCGAUACCGCAAGUUCCGCGAACAGGAUGCAGACGAGGACGACUCCACAGUGGCCUGUCGCUUCUUUCACUUCCGCAGGCUGGCGUUCACACGCAAAGGAGUCCUACGAGUGGAAGGCUUUCUGAGCCCCCAGCAGAGUGACCCUCACGCUAUGGGGCUGUGGCUGCCCUCCCCAGCAACACAGGAGGGCCUUGAUCUGGACACCUCCAAGUACAUCCUGGCCAACGUGGGGGACCAGUUCUGUCAGCUGGUCAUGUCAGAGAAGGAGGCCAUGAUGAUGGUGGAGCCACAUCAGAAAGUGGCAUGGAAGCGAGCGGUGCGGGGGAUCAGGGAGAUGUGUGACGUGUGCGAGACCACGCUCUUCAACAUUCACUGGGUGUGCCGAAAGUGUGGCUUUGGCGUCUGCCUUGACUGCUACCGUCUUCGCAAAAGCCGGUCCCGGGAAGAGCCUGACGAUGGAUUCGAUGAUGAUGUCUUCUCCUGGCUGAAGUGUGCAAAAGGUCAGCCCCACGAGCCCCAGAACCUCAUGCCUACACAGAUCAUCCCCGGAACAGCACUCUACAACAUUGGAGACAUGGUGCACGCUGCUCGGGGCAAGUGGGGCAUAAAAGCCAACUGCCCCUGUACGAGCCGGCACUCCAAACCACUUGCGCGCCCCAGUGCCCCCAAUGGUCUCUCACAGUCCGGGGCGGCGUCCAGCACCAGUGGUACCAGUGGGGGUGCUUCCAGCAUGGCUACACCCAGGGCAGAGGGUGACUCCACUGCCCCCAAGCCAGAGUCAGGCACGGAGGGCUCUGGUGACACGGAUGCUAGCGCCACUGCAGUGGCAGCACCUUCACCUAAGGAGCCGCGAUCCUCCAUGUCUGAAGGCUCCUCCCCCUCCGCCCUACACUGGCUAGCAGACCUUGCCACACAGAAGGCCAAAGAAGAGACAAAAGACUCUGGGUCUCUGCGUUCGGCGAUCAACCGCGACACUCGCUCUCCCUUCGGCCUGGACUCCUUCAGCUCACUCUCCAAGGCACCGUCGUUGGGCUCCAGCCCCAAGCUCUUCAACAGCCUUCUUCUUGGCUCUAGCGCCACCCAGCCCAAGGCAGAGGGCUCCAGCCUGAGGGACCUGCUGAACUCCGGGCCCGGCCGGCUGCCUCAGGGAUCUGCUGAUUCCGGAGUUCCCUUCCCGUCCGUGUUCUCCACAUCAUCUGGGGGCGACAAGGCGAAGGGCAGCCUUCCUAACUUCCUCGACCACAUCAUCGCAUCUGUGGUGGAGACCAAGAAGGCCGAAGCCCGUCGGGGGAUGGCUGAGGGUGCAGAAUCAGGGGCUGUCGGCCGGCGUGACAGCAUGAUGGGCCUCAGUGUCCUGGACCCCCACACGUCUCACUCAUGGCUUUGUGACGGCCGGCUCCUCUGCCUUCAGGAUCCCAGCAACGGCAACAACUGGAAGAUCUUCCGAGAGUGCUGGAAACAGGGGCAGCCGGUCCUGGUGUCCGGGGUCCACAAGAAACUCAAUGGCUGCCUGUGGCAACCAGAAGCCUUCAGCCAGGAAUUCGGCGACCAGGACGUUGACCUAGUGAACUGCAGGAACUGCGCCAUCAUCUCCGACGUUAAAGUCCGAGAAUUCUGGGAUGGCUUCCAGGUGAUCUCUAAGAGGUUACAAGGUGCUGACGGACAGCCAAUGGUCCUGAAGCUGAAGGACUGGCCUCCAGGAGAAGACUUUCGAGAUAUGAUGCCUAGUCGGUUUGAUGAUCUGAUGGACAACCUGCCCCUCCCAGAAUACACCAAAAGGGAUGGCCGUCUAAAUCUUGCUGCCCGCCUGCCCAACUUCUUCGUAAGGCCGGACCUGGGACCGAAGAUGUACAAUGCAUAUGGUCUGAUCUCCACGGAGGACAGGAAGGUGGGAACGACCAACCUGCACCUGGACGUCUCCGACGCUGUGAAUGUGAUGGUGUACGUGGGCAUCCCACAUGGUGAGGAAAACCAGGAGCAGGAAGCAGACACCUCUGGAUAUAAAGAAGUUAUGACGACCAUCGAGGAGGGCGACGUGGAUGAGAUGACCAAGCGCCGGAUCUACGAGGGGAAGGAGAAGCCAGGAGCCCUCUGGCACAUUUACGCCGCCAAGGAUGCAGAGAAGAUCCGGGAACUGCUUCGCAAAGUGGGUGAGGAACAAGGGCAGGAGAACCCACCUGACCACGACCCCAUCCACGACCAGAGCUGGUACCUGGACCAGGUGCUGCGUCGCAGGCUGCUGGAGGAGUAUGGCGUGCAGGGCUGGGCCAUCGUGCAGUUUCUGGGGGAUGCUGUCUUUAUCCCUGCUGGAGCACCGCACCAGGUUCACAACCUGUACAGCUGCAUCAAAGUAGCCGAGGACUUCGUCUCACCCGAACACGUGAAACACUGCUUUAGACUGACCCAAGAGUUCCGACACCUGUCCACCACACACUCCAACCACGAGGACAAGCUACAGGUGAAGAACAUCAUAUACCAUGCGGUGAAGGAUGCUGUCGGGACACUGAAAGCCCACGAGGCCAAGCUGUCCCGCUCCUAGUCCGUCCGUCCCCCCCCCCCCACUGAACUGCUUCAGGGGCUGGAUGCCAUUUGGGGGGAGUGUAGCUGGAUGAAGAGGAUGAGACUCUCUUUUGUUACCCAGGACUUGGCUACUGGGACAGAUGGACACUCCAUCAGUGUUAACUUUUCCUUUGACUCGAUCGAAAAGGUUCCUUUUGUAUGUGAGGUCACUGUUUGCGUUCUCGUGGCAGACUGCGUUCAGGAGGGUCUCGCGGCAGCAGGCGCUGAGCUGUCUUCUGAAUGCAUGUAGUUUUUGACUGUAUUAGAAAAUUCAGUAUGAUGGUUUUUAUUGCCCCCCCCCCAAAAAAAAAGUUAUCUAUGGCUUUCGAAUGAGGAACAUCAGCUGCAAAAUUUAAAAAUUCUUCUUUCUCCAUUCCUUCCCGUGAAUAUAAACUUGAGCAGUUAAAGUUAUUAGACCAAAGUUGUUUUUUUCUGUUCGAAGGCCAAUAUAUUGAUACUGAUUACUAUUAGCAGUCUGUAUGUUUGUUUUUUUUUUCUUUUUCAAAAUAAAUUUUUCAAAAGAGGAAUUGUCGCACUUAUUCUGC